GAUAGUUGAAGGAGACGAUCUGACGAGAGCAAGACAGCCGCCAAUUGCUCUAUUCAAUUUAACUCUCUCUGAUAAAUUUUUUUUUUCUAUCAUCUUUCCCCUCGCCUUACCUACUCCCCACAUUUUCCAAUUCGCCAGACGUUAGAGACGACUUUUCAAAGCAAAGUCCCCGUUGGAAAUGGCUGGGAAGGGCGAGGGGGUUGUUGAAACUCUUGAUCUUGGUCAAAGAUGACCCAAUUUCCCCCCUUUUUUUUUGUUUUGUUGUAGUUUUCGUUGUCACUGUUCUGAAAUUGAAGGUGGUUUGGUGAAAUUAUUUGUUUAUUUAUGCCGCCUUGCGUUUGGUAGCCCCUUUGAAAUUGCCUCUCAUCUCCACUUCCUCCUCUAAUUCUACCUACCUUCCUCAACCCCGUUUGUGUUCUUUAAGAUUUCGGCCUUACCGAACCCUUAACACUCUUAUAAAAGACCUCUCCCAUUUUCCAUUUCAAUCUCAGGGUCUCUCACCGUUUUCAUCUCCUGUCAAGCUUUCAGAGUCCUCAUUUGAUUCCGAGAGAUCUGAACCCUUUGUUGAAGAUAACAACAAUGGCUCUUUCUAAUGCCGCCACUCUCUCCUCCAAAUCACUUUUCAAUCCGCUUGUUGAGCCCAAAUCUCACCAACCCAGUUCGUUCCUCGUUCCGUCCAAGACCCACCUCAGGCUCCGCCGACGCAUCUCCGCCGUCCACGCGGCGGAGCCGGCCAAUGACAAGGUUGUGGCUGAGAGCCCCCGCAAGACGCUGGUGACGGCGCCGUCUAGCGCUGGGAAAUGGAGUGUGGAGAGCUGGAAAUCCAAGAAGGCUUUGCAGCUACCUGAGUACCCGGAUCAGGCCAAGCUGGAGACUGUUCUUGAAACAAUUGAGUCGUUUCCUCCCAUUGUGUUUGCUGGUGAGGCUAGGAGCUUGGAAGAGAGGCUUGCUGAGGCCGCCAUGGGCAAUGCUUUCCUCUUGCAAGGUGGGGAUUGCGCUGAAAGUUUCAAGGAGUUUAGCGCCAAUAACAUUAGGGAUACAUUCAGGAUUCUUCUCCAGAUGAGUGUCGUUCUUAUGUUUGGCGGGCAAAUGCCUGUCAUUAAGGUGGGCAGAAUGGCUGGUCAGUUUGCAAAGCCAAGGUCAGACCCAAAUGAGGUGAAGGAUGGAGUCAGUCUGCCAAGCUACAAGGGGGACAACAUCAAUGGUGAUGAUUUUAAUGAGAAGUCAAGAAUUCCAGACCCAGAGAGGAUGAUCAGAGCUUAUACUCAGUCUGCUGCAACCCUCAACCUUCUCAGGUCCUUCGCCACUGGAGGAUACGCUGCAAUGCAGAGAGUAACCCAAUGGAAUCUUGAUUUUGCUGAAAACAGUGAACAGGGUGAUAGGUAUCAUGAACUUGCACGCCGUGUUGAUGAGACCCUAGGAUUCAUGGCUGCUGCAGGACUUACCGUCGACCAUCCUAUUAUGACUACAACUGAGUUUUGGACUUCUCACGAGUGUUUGCUCUUGCCUUAUGAACAAUCACUUACCAGACUGGACUCAACUUCUGGCCUAUACUAUGACUGCUCAGCUCACAUGCUUUGGGUUGGGGAACGUACCCGACAACUCGAUGGUGCCCAUGUGGAGUUCCUUAGAGGUGUUGCUAAUCCUCUUGGAAUUAAGGUGAGCAACAAAAUGGAUCCAAAUGAGUUGGUUAAACUUAUUGAAAUCCUCAAUCCUGAUAACAAACCAGGAAGGAUAACUAUCAUUGUAAGAAUGGGUGCUGAGAACCAGAGAGUAAAGCUUCCCCAUUUGAUUAGAGCUGUACGAAGGGCAGGGCAAAUUGUGACAUGGGUCUGUGAUCCAAUGCAUGGAAACACCAUUAAGGCACCCUGUGGCCUCAAAACACGUCCAUUUGAUGCAAUCCUGGCUGAGGUCCGAGCAUUCUUUGAUGUGCACGAACAAGAAGGGAGCCAUGCUGGAGGAAUUCAUUUGGAAAUGACCGGACAAAAUGUAACAGAGUGCAUUGGAGGGUCCCGAACCGUAACAUUCGACGACUUGUCCUCGAGAUACCACACACACUGUGACCCAAGAUUGAAUGCUUCUCAGUCUCUUGAGCUUGCUUUCAUCGUCGCCGAGAGGCUUAGGAAGAAGAGGAUUGGAAAGCCAACUUCUCUUCCCCCAAGUUUCUUUUAAACAUAGGGAGAAAUUCCUGGAUGUGUUCGGUUGUGAAUAAGUCUGGAUUUGGUAUUUUCCAGAACUUAAAAUUCAGUAACCCCGUUGUCGGAUAACCGUGAUAUAGAAGUGCUAGGAGAUAAUGUUGAGGAUCAUAUUUAGUUUUGAAGGAUUGGAUUAUUUUGCUGUGGAGAAUAAGUGAACUCCAACCAAGGAGCUGGAUGGCUAGAAGCUGGAGGAUCACAGUUUAGAAUAUGUUUCUGAGUAGUAUGUGAAUUUGAGUUUUUCUUUUUUCAUUAAUUUACUCUUGAAAUUUAAUUUCUCCAAAUGUGGGGUGGUCGGAUUUAGAUUUUGAAGAGUUUAAUGUAAAAGAUACCCAAUUAUAUAUGCAUUUGAAUGAAACGCGAACAUUUACUGAUGAUCUAA